AUGUUUCUACGUAUCGUGGUCGGCUGGCAUGUCUACGCCAUUAUCGGAACAACAGCCGAGGAGGUGUGGCACGAGCAUAGUUUCCUCACUGGGGGUUCACGGCAGCAGUUGAUAGGUGUAGAAGAUUUAGGGGUGCUUUGUUGUGCGGAUAGCCGACAGCUGCAUCGCAGGACUUCUGCAUCCCAAUUCCUUCUCUCUGACAGCGAGAGGACUUCGGUCCGCGACGGAUCUCUGAGUGGUCGUUUCGAAGUGGGCACGUGCACAGCCGAAGACCGAAAAAACGAGAGCAAUGGAUUUCCAAUAUCACAUCGCACGGACGUCGUGGAGACAGGAGCGCAUACCCUCAGACGUGGCCCCCGUGUUGCAGCGAGGGACAAGGCAGAGAAGCCAUUCGAUCGUGUGCCUGCCUUCCUGACAGCGGAGCGGUGGGCGCACAUGACGCGAGUGUAUGGUUUUGCACCUUUAAAGCCGUAUUGCGAGCUCUGCCGUCAUUCGACAAAUUUCUGUACGAAACAAUGGGACUGCCGCGAGUUCUGCGGGAAUGACUGUGCUGGGUUGGGAGACCAGCUGACAGACGCCUUGAAGUGCAAGUGGUGUGGCGCCGAGGCCGGCCGCUGCGUUGUCUGGGAGGGAUGCCGGCAGGGCUGCCCUGAGCAAUGCCGGCCUGUUCUUGAUAGCAGGCAAAGGCUCUUCGAAACGGGCAUAGAUGAACUGGCAGAGCAGGGGCGAAAGCAGAAACUCAAGCGGCGGCUGAAGCUGUUCCACGAAGGCAUGCUACAUGGCACGGAAGCUGAAAGCCUAAUUAAGAAACAACUCCAGUCCAGUCGCCCUGAGGACAAGCAAUUACAGGAACUAGAUAGAACGGAGCGGUGGGAGAGAGAUCAGAUGAAUCUACGAGAGGCGAAAGAAACAUGCCGUAUACAAGGUAUCACGUCUCUCCUGGCUCAAAGCGAAGAACGCGAACUUGCAGCAGCUGAACAGCAAGCCAGCAUCGAGCAACUGGACUUGGAAGAUGACGAUUCAGAAGGUGAUUCACUCUGGAACUGA